AUGGUCGUAAGAGAUGGAACAGCGAAUGCGAACUUGAAGGAAUGGGAAAUGGAACAACGAUUCGAAGACAUGACAGCGACACCGACGACAUCAACCGAUUCUGCGUACCGAUCACGACGAUUUGCCAAUCAGACACCAUCUUGCCAUCAAAUUCACCCGAGAGAACCAAUGGGACGACCCGACGACAAGUACCUGGAAAAUGGACGAGUUGGGAACAUGGAUAAUUGGGGUUGA